AUGAAGGCGCUGAUCCUCGUUGGUGGUUAUGGAACGCGGUUACGUCCCCUCACGCUCAGCUUUCCCAAGCCUAUCGUAGAAUUUUGCAAUAAACCUCUUCUCCUUCAUCAGAUAGAAGCCUUAGUUAAGGCUGGUGUCCAAGAGAUUAUACUUGCGGUUAGCAAGUGUGCAGACCGUUGCGAUCUCUUGGAGGGUGAGGUUAAGAAACACGAAGCUUCCCUCGGAAUAAAGAUAAGAUUCUCUUAUGAAACAGAGCCUCUCGGCACAGCGGGUCCAUUGGCAUUGGCAUCAAAGUGGUUGUCGGGUUCAAACGAGCCCUUCUUCAUGCUUAACAGUGAUGUCAUUUGCGCAUUCCCAUUUGAGGAGUUGAAACAAGUGCACGCUAAGCACAAGGGUGAGGCCACAAUCGCCGUAAGUUGUUCCUCUUCCUAA